AUGGAACAAAAGGAUUUACAGUGUAGCUGCUGCUUUGACUUGAUGGUAGAACCCACAACUCUCAACUGUGGACAUAGCUUUUGUCGCUUCUGCCUGGCAAAGUGGUGGGAUACAUCAAAACGUGCCACAUGCCCUGAUUGUCGGCAGCCUUGGGUGGGCUUCCCUAAAGUCAACAUUGUAUUAAGGUAAUUAGAGUGUGUUGAAUGAAAGAGAGAAUUCUUUGCUAUUGAUUGGCUAGAAAAUACGUUGUAGCAGCAAAAGAAGGAAUUUUAUAGCAGUAAGGCCUGGUUUAGACGGCGAUCUUUUCAAGUGCCAAACCUAAAUAGAAUUAAGGCCAACCCAAAUUAUUUAGAGCGAUCUUUUCAAGUGCCAAACCUAAAUAGAAUCAAGGCCAAGCCAAAUUAUUUAGACCGGCUGAAUUGGACGCCGAUCUUAAUUGCAGCUGGACUAAGUUCAAAGUCAAAAAAUGCUAAUUUCCGUCAAACUGCAUACAAAAUACACUUAGGCAUUAGGUUUGGUACAUGAAAAGUUUGGCGUCUGAAUCAAAGACGUUCCAAAGUCGCUCCAAAGGCGAAAUUCCCGGCCGGGCUAGGCGAAAAGAACGGCUGAGCCAUUCCACAUUGAAACAAGUGUUCCUAAUAAUUGAUUCAGACGCCAAACUUUUCAUGUACUUAAUUCAGUGUAUUAAGUUCGGCUCUUGAAAAGUUUGGCAUUUGAACCUGGCCUAAGUUCCCUGGGGCUCUCCCAUCUACCUUAUGAACCUUGCAGUGACUUUGUCUUUAAAUACAGCUGUAAUAUCCCAUCCCAUUUAGCUAUCCUUAGGCCUCUAAGGAUGUUUUGGUACUUACAGAUACUCAGUGAUCCUUUUACAUCCAAAAUGGAGAAGAAAACCACCGUUUAGGUCAGCAGUCAGCAACUGAGAUUAGUAAGCGUGGUAUUAAGUGUAACUCAGCCACAUUUCUGCAAUGCCCAGUGAAUGGGGAAUUUUUUCAAAGAAAAAAAUUAAACUAGCACAGUAAAUAUACCAGCCAUUGAGAAGAUCACUGUCUUCUUGUAAUCAAAACAUAGAUUACUAUUGUAAAUCCUCAAGUAGAAGCCGCACCUGCUUGCAGAAAUUUUUAAUUUUUUUUAUGCCUGUAACUUUUAUUGAUUUGCAAGUUUUCCUCAAAUAAUUUGAGGAAAUGCCUUACUGAUAAUAAAUGAUUAAUUAAUUUUGUUUUACCUCUUUCCUUGGCAAACAGAAAGACCAUCAAAGUGUUGUUUCCAGAAGAAGCUGAAGAGCGCCAGAACUUUCAGGAACUUUUUCUGGACUACAAAUCUGUGAUCGCCAAAUUUGAAUCACUGAAUAUCAAACAUCAGAGGCAAUCCAGUGUCAGCGAAGGAGCGCAACUUGUGCAACAUCAACAUGUUAACUUCAAUGUAUCAAAGAUCAUAUUUGUCAUUAUGUCUAUUCUUGGAAUUGCCAUUGUAAGUAAAGCAUCAAGUGUUGUAAGUCACAUUUGGGAUUUAAAAAGAUUCUGGUAUCAAGUGGUUUAUCUUGUCCACCAGAUCUGGGGGAAAAAUGAUUGCAAGAGGAAGUUCUUCUUUGAUGAGUAUCUUCUGAUUUUUAGUGCAAUUAUUUCAAGUGGUGCGCCUUGCAAAUGCGAGGUUUAUAGUCUCGUCAUGCACAAAGCACGUGCAGCAUGGGUGACUCUCACAAGGAUCGCAAGGCAAGCGUGAUCGUCUCUUUGCUAUAAAUCUAUCGCGUUUGGUUGGUGUCCUCUUUGACAUCAUCGCAUUGUUGUUUUCCAGACAAUCAAUUGGCUUGCUUUGCGCAGAGUCUUGUGUUUUGCUUUAGUCAUAUUUCUAUUGGGCUGGCUUUUUUAGCACCACUUUUAGGAGUCAAUAAGUGCUUUUUACAAUGAAUUUCUAAAACAAAAGUACUUUUAAGAGAAAAUGGAAGCUAUAUGGAUCAUUAGCCUUAAGAUAUGAACAAAAAUCGAGGUAAGAAAACACAUGUUUUGCUCACAUACAAGUGUAUACCGUAUUGGCUGUGCUGGGCAUCUUUUUUUUGAAUGCGCUGAAAUGCAUUUAAGUUUGGUUAUUUAGGUCCUUAGAAAAACUAGUCAUUCUCCUGAAAAAUAGCUUUGAAUUUGUGUUUAAUAGGGCUUGAUCAGCUUAAACAAGGCGUGCUGGCAGAAGUUAUAGGGGAAAGGCUUUAAAUAGAAUAUUAUCAUCUCAUUCAUGGUACAUGUAUGUUCCCAUGUGGCGUAGUGGUAGUGAUGUGGCCCGGCACAUAGGAGAUCCUAAGUUUGAUUCCGGACAGAAGAGCGGUUUUUUUUCUUCAUGCCAUUCCUCCAGAUUCGCUCUGUGAGGUCCUGUGAUUCAUGAAUUUCUAGUAGAACUAUUUAUUUUUAGAACAGUUACUAUUUUAGUACUAUGGAACCUCUCUGCAAUGGUGACCUUGUAGAAAGAACUUAUAACAAGGGUGAAUGUUAAAUGAAAAAUUAGCCAUUGUUUACUGACAUGGCUUGUAUAAAGAGGUGGGCAUUGCAUUGGCCUCACAAGAGUUACAUUGGACCUUGAUUCCUGCUAAAUUCACAGUGGAAAUCACUCUUGUUUACUGACGAAUAUGAAUGAUUAUGACUAAUGGUUAUGUAUUGCUCCAAGCUGUGACUGUUUGAUCACCAUGCUGACUAGAAAAAAAAACUUGAUGACCAGCUGUGUUUGGUAGCAAUGUGGCCAAGCUGCAAUGUUUUUAACAGUUAGUAGUUAUGGCCUUAUAGUUAAAGCGAGAUAAACAUUGACAUGAAGUAAUUAUGUAUGCUCCAGUAUUUUAUACUUUCUUGAUUUGCCUGUUUCAUCUUGUUGUCCAGCUUUUAAGCAUUGAGAUGUUACUGUGCAUCUCCAAAACAUUUGGUAACCAUUUUAAUUCUUUUAACUUGCAUAAUAUCGCUGAAAUUGUCCGGUUUUUUUGGCAAGCAAUGUAUUUAAUGUCUGGUCAUCACAUUUAAUUUUAUGUUGCUAACAGGGGACUAAAAAAAAAGUAAAGCUUGAGCAUGUUGGUGUUGACGACGUUGUCUAGUCUCUCGAAUUAUUUAACUGGAAUCAAGGUUAAAUUAAAUGUAACUCCUGUUUAUUGUGGACAUUGUAGAGAGGACGGCAGUUACAGGUGUAGUAGAACAGGGGCGGAUCUAGGGGGAGGGUGCAGGGGGUGCCCCCCCUCCCCCUCUGAGAUGACCUGCGGUUUUUUAAUACGACUGGUAUUCUGCAAAAAAAAAAAAACUAUGUGGUUUAUUGGUGUUGAAGUAGAGCAAGAGAUGAGUGCACCCCCUCCUAAAAAAAAUCCUGGAUCUGCACCUGUAGAGGUUCAACUGUUGUACCUGUAGCUGUCCUGUAUGUAAGUACAAUGCAGUAUUUGAAUUAUCAUGAUACUAAAUUGCAGUAGUCAUAAUGACCUCAGAGGUACGUUACCCCCUAUUUCCUUUUCAUUGCAGCAGUAAUAUUUAUGGUAGUUAAAAAUGUUUUUACUAAUUGCCUCAGUGGUUUAAAAAGACUCAACAUUAGUUUUUAAAGAUAUGAUACUGGUCAUGGAAAGUUUAGGGUAAUGGCAAAAAUAUUUGCCAGUAUUCUAUGUUUGAUUUAUGAGACUGAUUGUUCAAUUUUUUUCAUCCUCUUUAGUUUACCUAUUCAGUGCUGAACCUGUUUGUUGGAAACAAGGAAUCACUUGUUAGAAAGUCAGUACUAAGAUGGGGCACCACAGAUGUUGUCAAGUGGGUGAGAAGUUUAGGAUCAUGGGCUCAGGGAUAUGAUGAAAAAUUCCUGACUGCUGGAAUUGAUGGAAAUCUUUUGCUUUCACUGUCAGAGUAUGACCUUGAACAUUCACCUCUUAACAUGAAACCUUCCUACCACAGAAGAGCUUUCCUCAAGGAGAUUGAAAAUUUGCGAACACUGGGUGUAAAAUCCCCAACAGAUGUCUGGGAAUACAAGGUGAGUUGUCACGUGAGAUGUAAUAACGGUACUAACGGGGGGUGGGGGGGUUCACGGGUACCCCAGGACCCCCCCUAGCUACGCCCCUGUUGCCAUUUCUCGUGAAAGAGGCAUAAGAACUGUUAAACUUGAAUAUUAGUCCUUUCAUUUAUUGAGCUAUUUUGAAAAAAUAGCUCAUAUGUCAGUGGUGUGAGCGUAUGUAUCUUUGUGGCUUUGUAUCUUUGUAACUUUGUAACUUUGUAACUUUGUAUCUUUGUAUCUUUGUAACUUUGUAUGUUCGGAUGUUUGUUGCAAGAGCCAAUAAGGUUGAAGGUACUAUGAGUUGAUGCUAAGGAACCAAUGAGAUCUUGGCAUCUACUUAAAAAUCACAUUGCUAAAGGUCGAACAAGGGCACUUUAAGACCGCCAUCUUGAUUCUUUACAAUUUGUUCGUCUUUUAUUACGGCUACAGGUGUUUGGAAACAUUAUAUUAAAUAUCUUCAUGAUUCAAACGCUGUGUACAGUGAUGCAGCUGUUUAAGGGUUCAUAUUUUAGUGUGGAUGCUACUUCAAGACAUUUCUGACCGAAUUUAAGCUAUCGCGAAACGGUACCACGCACGUAUUUAUGAGUUGUGUUUCACCUGCUUCAAGGUAGAGUAUAAACGAUCAUAUAUUUUCAAAGCUCUUCCAGUGAAGCAAUAAUUGAUAUUUAGAUAUGGACUUUAAUUCGAAAGUAUUCGGCCUAUAAAAUGUGGUUUUAGAAGUUUGAAAAGCAGCUUAUUUUUUUAAAAGCUGUACCGAGUAUUGUUAAUCCUGUAAACAAGCUGUAGAAAUAUUAUUCUCUCGCUUACAAAGUUCAACAGACCUUUUUCGUUCCGGCAAAACAAAAACAAAAAGGAAUAAUAAGUGAACAACAUGAUACAUCCUUCCUGCAUUAUGAAAACUAUGAAAACUAUGAAAACUAUGAAAACUACUGGGUGACCAGUAAUCAAUGUCUUUACCCUCGUUAAAUAAAGUUAUUACUUACUUACUUACUUACAUACUAAGUGAAACAUAAUUUAAUUGCAGAUGUUGUAAUAAGGCCGAGGUGAUUUCUUAAAAUCGCUUGAGAAAAUUUUGUAGUAAACAAUUUGCGUUUUUUUAAAGUACGAAUUGUAAAAGGGCCAAAGACCAACAUCUUCACAUGCAAAUCGUGUGCAUGAGUUAUUUUUAUAAUUCUGUUUACUCGAUUACUGUGUGAUAACUCGAAUUCCCUCACGUACGAACCACGGAAGGGGGCAAAGUCCAACACUUUCACGUGCCAUCUGUGUGACUGUACAUCUCAUGCAGAUUGGCUUUUCACAAUAGUAAUAGUGACUUGAACGUAUAAAGACCUGUUUCGUUUAGUAACCAAUGCCCUAAAAAAGGCUCUUGUCUUUUAAGAAGCAAUAGCUUUUAAAACAUGAAGAAAUAAGUUGUCGAAGUUAAAGACUGUCUCACAAAUGUUAAUAAAUGUUAGGUUAUCAACCUUGACGUUGCAUGAAACAUAAUUUAAUUGCGGAUGUUGUAAUGAAGCCGAGGUGAUUUCUUAAAAUCGCUUGAGAAAAUUUUGUAGUAAACAAUUUGCCUUUUUUUUAACGUCAUUUAAUUGUAAAAGGGCCAAAGACCAACAUCUUCACGUGCAAAUUGUGUGCAAGAGUUAUUUUUAUAAUUCUGUUUACUAGUUUAUUGUGUGAUAACUCGAAUUCCCUCACGCACGAACCACGAAAGGGGACAAAGUCCAACACUUUCACGUGCCAGCUGUGUGACUGUACAUCUCAUGCAGAUUGGCUUUUCACAAUGAUAAAUAGUAACUUGAACGUAUGAAGACCUGUUUCGUUUUGUAACCAAUGCCUUAAAAAAGGCUCUUGCCUUUUAAGAAGCAAUAGCUUUUAAAACAUGAAGAAAUAAGUUGUUGGAGUUAAAGACUGUUUCACUGAGUAGAAUCGCACGUGAAAACCUCGUGAAUUGUGAUGACGCAACCAUCUACCUCAAUGAUAAAAAUCCUGGUAUUUCGUAACUAUUCAGUAUUCGAUGAGUCACAUUUUGGCUUAAGAAACUCCGAGGAAACCUUAGAGUUUUCCUUCUAAUCAACGUUUGGUGAGUAGAAAUUUAUUUAACUUUAGCAAUUUGUUUAACUUGCACCAGAUGUAACUGGGAAAGACAGAGGAAAGUGAAUACAUAGGUUGAGGAUUGACUCAGCUGAGCGUUUCGCGUUUUCAUUUAUGUAGCGCAAUACCCAAUUUCGCACAAAAACCAAAUCUACAUUUAGGAUGAAAAAGGUAGAUUCAUCACUCUUGGUAAGGUUACACCGAAGUAUUAUAGUUACACUGAAGCAUUCAAAAUAGCUCAUGCACGUUCAACGUGCCUAUGUUUUUUUUUUGGAGAUGAGCACAUUUUGAAAAUUGAAUGAAACUCUUGUCUCAUUAUCUCCUGGUACUUCUUUUGUAAUUUGUUAACGUUUUUUUGAUUUGCACCUCUUUUAGAAAAGAAAAUAUAAUAGCGUCUGAUUGACUGUUCUUAAUAAUUUUAGGCUGCUCAUCCUGUCCUUUCAAUAUUUCUUUUGUGGGGUCUGCGUGAAUUUCCAAGGUUAACAGUGGCAUCCAUGUUCUUUGCUUAUGAUGAGGAAGUGUUUCAGCCCCUUUUGUACUACACAAGUGAGGUUGAUUUGGAGGAAAAUAUAAAUGAGGUAAGAAAUAAGCUACAAACUUGGAAUAUUGUUACAGCAACAAGGACAGCAAAAAAGAGCAUCAAAAUGAGGUUGAGAAAAGAACUUUAUUACCUUACCACAUUCAGACCCCGACCACCCUUAAUGGCUUGCAUAAAAUAUGUACCGGUAUACUGUUAUGGUCAGUUACAAAAUUGAUGCCUAAUUUGUGAAGUGGAAAGAGAUCUUUCAAACCAUACCCAAAUGAGCUAUUGUAGGUUUAGUGAAAAAGGUCGAAAACAAAGCACAAAAUCAUCAUGUAACUAUAACUUACAAUAUUUUGUACCCACCUGUACAGUACUUCCUUCAAAAUAAUAGAAAUAUUUGGGAAUCCUUUGAGUUUCCUCAAAAUCUUUUCCCAGUAAAUUGAAGCCUAGUAAAUACCCACCAAAAGAAAAAAAGGGAAAAGAAAAAGGAAAGAAGUGGGGAGGCUUGAUUUCCGCCAUCUCCUGACUCCGUUCUUUGAUCCUCCCUGAAGAGAGACAGCUGGAAACCCUGAGUGGCGGAUUGUGUUGGUAUUAUAAAUUCAAAAUUUGAUUUAUGUGCCGCUGCAAAACAAAAAAAACGAAAAAUGUCAUCAGGCACUGAACACAUCUUGUUCUUUUUGCCUCAUUGUCACAGUCUUCAUCAAUAAACUCUUCAGCGACAGCUACUUAGGUUUGUAAGUUUAAUACACUCCAAAACUCAAUUGCACACCACAUCUAAGCAUCCUUGGCAUCCACCAUUUUGAAAACUGCUCUACAAAAAAUAAUUCAUGCUGCCAGACCGAUAUGGUCUGUAGGCAACAAUCUGAUUGGUGGAAAUUGACAUUAGCAGACUCAUGAGUCCAGCUGUCUUUUCGGGGGAGGAUCGUGGACUCAUUGCUUGAAUGGCAGCUAAUAAUCAGGCCUAAAAUCAAGGGGGGGGGGGUGAAACUUUUGUCCAAAGGCUAUCACGGCAUUUUACCUCCAUGCAUGUCCAAGCCUGAAUAGUGUAAUAAUUUAUUAAAAGUGUAAUAUUUUUUUGUCAGGUUGCCCUACCUUCAGAGGAAUAUUUGCGAUUUGGCCUUCGUCUGCUCCUGGUUCCAUAUUACCUGAUUGCCAGGUUUACAAUUAAAUGUUUCUACCUCAAUUACUGGGUUGGUUGUGUUGUCCUAGCUUACUGUGUCUUAAUGACUCUGGUGGAGUUUUCCAAACUUAAAUGGCUUCUAUUUAUGGGAGGUUGGAGGUAAGUUAACGACAUUCUUGAUCUAAUAUAUCAAGCAUGAGAUGCAGACUGUGUCUCAUCAUCAGAUGAAACACUGAGAAGAGAGUUGAAAAUCAACACACAGUGGAGCAUUUUUGACGAACUUCGAGUCAAAUGCUUGAUAUUACUUCUCAAACAAAAAGAUUUUAGAAGGAGAAAUUAAGGAGGCAAAAAUGAGCAGUUUUUUAUCUGAUUUCCAAACACUCAUUAAACUUUAAUUUCCUUAGCCUGAGAAAACAACCAACAUUUGGCGACGUUACCACUGGUUUCCCCACCAAAUGACGUCUGAGAAACAAGCGCAGAAAUUCCAUACUGAUGAUACAUCACUACACAGAUCUGUGUAGUGCUUCUGAUUGGUUGAAUCAAAUUUCCCACGUGGCACGACUAAUCGGAAGCACUACCAAGAUCUGGGUAGUGACACUUCAUCAGUAUGGAAUUUCUGCGUUCAUUUCUCAGAUGUCAUUUGGCGGGGAAACCAGUGGUAGCGUCACCAAAUGUCGGCUGUUUUCUCAAGCUAUAAUUUCCUUUGUAUUUUCAUUAUUAUUGUUGCUUUCAUCCUUGAGAGUUUUCGAAUGCAGUUACUGCACAGCCAAUGGUGUUUGGAACUGAAACAAGGGAAUUAAUUGAACUGAAUGAAUUUCCCAGUGGUCGUCAUUAUUAAUUAAAAGAAAAAGUUAGUUAUGAAUUUGAAAUUUGGGAUGAUCAAUAUUGUCACUUUAAAUCAUAAAAUAUGGUAAACCCAGUUAUAAAUACAGACACUGACAGGACAUGCCAUAGUGUCCGUAUUAACCAGCAUCCAGUAACCUGUUCAAAAGGUGGAUAACACUAUACACCAGAUAAAUCACUAUCCACUGGAUAGCGCAAUUGGUUUCCCUAACAGUCUUAUCCAUUGGAUAGUGAUUUAUCCAAUAGAUACUUUUGAACAACCUGGGCCUGGUGUCCAUAUUAAGGGGGCUCUCAGAAGAGAUGUCACGGACACAUGUUUUAUUGACAUCAAGACGAAAGUACACAUGUACACAUUUUCAUGCAAGAAAACUUUGUUUAAUUUCGUAACUGUAACUUAACUCUGUAAUGAGUUCAUUGAUCUUAAAGAAACCUGAUAAUCUUUUAUCAGAGUAUUGGCCUGGGCUAAACUUUCCUUUUAAGUCAGUGCUCUUCAACCCAAAGACUGUUUCUUAUGAACAUUAUGGACUUACGACCUGCCUGCAUAGUGUUUGAGUUUCUAUGGAAACUGUAAACAAAAUUUAGGGAACCUAAUUCUGGUUGCAGGUUUCAAAAUCUCAGCCAAGAUUACAUUCAGGAAACGUGACCAGUCACCUUUUUUGUACUGAAAGUUCUUGUAUGGUCAAAAAAUGUUUCUCUUUUGUUGCUCUUUGUUCAGGCAGCUACCAACUUUGUGUGCCAGCAUCACUUCAACAGCGUUUAUAAAUGGGUUAUUCCAGCUUGUCCUUUGGCAGAUUUUGCCAGCUUUUUUCUGUGAUAUUGCAUUUUACUGGAUGUUGUUUCUGGCACCAUAUUCUGCAUGGAACUCCUUCAAAGCUCGCUUGUCUGAAGAUGAAGGAGGAACAAACAUUACAAGAGAUUUUUUGAUGUGGCUUUGGAGGAAUGCUAAGCUAAAGUUACGGCAAUUAGGUGUUCAAAGACACUUGUAAAACUUGCAAAUUAGCUGUUACUCUAGCUGAGAAAACAGCCGACUUUUCGUGAUGCCACCACUGGUUUAAUUUCCCCACGAAAUGAUGUCUAAGAGAAGAGCGCAGAAAAGUCCAUACUGAUGACAUAUCACUACCCAGAUGACCUAAUCAGAAGCUCUACCUGUAUCUGGGUGGUGAGUGACCUGUCAUCAGUAUGGAAUUUCUGCACUGGUUUCUCAGAUGUCAUUUCGCUGGGAAACCAGUGGUGGCAUUGUAAAAUGUUGGCUAUUUUCUCAGUCUAAUGUUACUGCUGUAAGUGGUGAUGUACAGCUGUAUACCUAUAUUUGAGUGUAGAGGUGUAGAAGAAGUUGGUAACACAGUCAAGGGCUUUGAGGCUGUAUUGCCUAAUCUGACUCAAUACUUACUUGAACUGACAGUGCAGCUAAUUAAUGUUUUCAGCACCUAAAGCAGGCGCAGAUCUAGCCUGCGUGGCAGGCACAAGAGGGGGAGGGGGGAGGGAGAAGCGCGCAAAAGUAUGGAAAAGGAAAGGGAGCGCUUGCUUUAAGAGCUGGUGUUUUUGUAUUCUGCCCACCAAUUCCCUAACUAAUCUGAUAACGUCAACUGUGUAUAAGUGACCAAUCACAAGUAGGGGGCUUCUCAGCAUGGCCCAAACUUAAUUACUUUGUUUACCAGAAAUUGUCAAGUCACGAGGCUGUUUUUGAAAUGAUAUAAUAUUGAGCAAAAUAAAACAUUAUACUGUUCUUGCUCCCACAGCAAACAUGACAAACAUAGACUACAAGCGGUCUCUCUUUUUUACUGCUCGCAGUCUGUGACCAACAAUGAUCAGUUUCGUGUGAAUACGCAAGACCUUUGGUCUUGCCUCAUCAAACAUAAUGGUCACAAAUAUUACAAGAAUAAUGAAAGGAGUAUUAUAAACAAUUGUCAAAAAACUCGACAGACAGUUUUUACCAAAGCUUCAGCUCUCUCUUUACAAACCAUUUAGAAGUUCAUUCAUGACAUAUAAUGUUUUUGCAGAAAAGGUGCUCUUUUGAACAUUGGCAUUGCAGAUGCCUGGCAAAAAUCGCAAUCAUUCUUAUUGCCACUUGGUGUUUGGACAAAAUCGGUAUACAAAACCUACUGAGCAUCUCUGCCUCCAAACAAGCAAUUAAAGGUGGUUCUAGUUUGGGUUUCAACCUGAAGCUGCAACAUUAUUGGAGUAAUUUGAUCUUCCAAAGCUUAUGCCAGUAGAACACAUUUCCUUGAUGCCUGUAUCAUGUUUGUCUCUCAAUAAUACUUGCUAAUAAGUUACUCAUUACAGCUUAGCCAAUCAGGAUUGUGGAUGCCAGCGUCUGCAGAAAUGAACAAAAUGGGGGUUCUUAUAGCAGGCUUCCCUUGUCCUCUCUCCCUAACCCCCCUCCCUUUUUCCCUUCCUACCAAUCUUGUACCCCUUUUGAUGCCUGCUAUGCAGGCCUGCUAGCACUGAUCUAGGAUAAAUACUAACCUAUUUCCCAAUGAGUACUGAGGAUGCAAGCUUCUUGGGGGCUGUAGGGGAGAUGCUCUCCUGGGUUUUCAAGUCAUUCAGGCAGGAUUUUUGGACAUUUGUCUAAACCAUUUUCCAGAUUUCAACUUGGAAAGUUUUUUUUAUUAUUAUUAAAAAUACAUUUAUAGUGAAAAGUCUCACCAAUUUCUGUAAACGGUGGACACUGGUGUGGAUCCUUGCCUGUAGAAACUGCAAGCCUUCACCUCAGGAAUCAAUUUUAGAGCUCAAUUUGAAUGUUAUCUCUCCAGUCAGUCCUUUUCUGUGACGAGCAAUAGCCCCUUUUCUCAGACAGCAGUGUCAUUCUAUUGAAAAUAUCACAAUUCAUUUCGUUUUUUAUAGUCUAAAAAUAAAUUCCCAGUGACGUUUAACCAAAAUAUUCAUGAAAAAUUAUAAUUUGCCAAUUAAAAUAAAAUCCUGAAUGCAUUUUGGUGACUCUAGGAAAAUUCAUGAUGCCAUAGUAUAGAGGAUGAAUCUUUAUCAACAUGUGACCAAUUUACAUUCCACUAUCAUAGACUAAAAUUUUGAUGAAAUAAAAAUAAAAAUAUUAAAAGAUCCUAAAAUACUAAUUUACAAGCUCAUGCCAUUAUUAGCAGACACACGCGUGGCUGGCUUUAAGCGGCAGUCAUCAUAUGACCAAUUUGUAUUUUUCACUAUCAUAGACUAAAAUAGUAAAAAUGGCGGAUAAUUAACAAAAUACUCCAGUGUUGUUUUCAAUGGAGGUGGUAGCAACUUACUGUGUGUGACACCAGAUUUAUAAGUUAUAUCAUCUAAAAUAGACUACAUUUUCUGAAAUAUUAAUUUUUGCAUGCUUUCGUGUGGGAUUUUUAGUAUUAUUUUAUGUUAGCUUUUUAAUUUUCCAUUAACUACAGCACUUAAAAUAAUAUUAUACCAGUAUACUUGGAACUGUUAUUUUUUAAAACCAAAUGUAUAGUAAUAAGCAAUGAAAUUACAGCCAAUAACUAGAAGUUAUGUUUCAGUCAUGUUAGUCUUUCAGAGUUUGGUCAUCAGCGUAACUAACUGUCCUUAGGUCUGACCAUGGGGAAUUGUUUACAAAACUAACUUUACUUGAAACAACAAAAUCAGUUUUAAUUGACUUGAUUAUUGUAAAACUAGCAUGUGAGCAUUCAGGCUCUGCCAGUAGUGUGAGGUUUAUGGGAAGGCUUCAUUCAGCUUGCUGGUUUUCCGUCAGUCUAGCUAUAGCUCUGCAAGGGUUUUGCCUAAAACCCGGAAUCUGGAAUCGGGAAAAAACCAAACGGAAUGCCAAAUGACCCUGAAGUUUAGUGAUUAGGGUUAGGAAACUGAGUGAAUCAGGUUACAUUUAGGGUCAUUAUACUGGGAAAACUGACCUGAAACUUGAUUCACUCAGUGUCCUAAACCCAAUCACUAAGCCUCAGAAUCGUUUGGUGUUUGGUGCGGGUUUUUUCGGAUUCUGGAUUCCGGGUUUUAGACGGACACCUCUGUACGCAAUCAAUACAUCACCUAGGAGGAUGUUCAUAGGUUUUUUAAAAAUGUACUAAAUUGAUAUCA